CGGUUCUGCGCUCCCGUCGACGUCCUCUAGCCCCAGCCCGCAGCAGCUGUGGGCGAGGCUGGGCGGGGACUCGGCGGGGGCGGUCGCACCCCCUCCUUUGCGCUCUGCUGGCGUGACGUGCGGCUGCCCUCCUGACAUGCCCCCUCUGCGCCCCGGUCGCUUGGCUGCUUGCGUCCGAGACCACGCACCGGUCCCGGAAGUGGGCUAGAGCCCAAGUGUUCCUGCUUCAAGGCGGCGUUCGUCGCCCCGGUGGCGACCCCUGCAUCUCGUUCCACCUCGGCAGCCUCAGGCGCGGUGGUGUCAGCGGGCCCCGAACCAAUGACGAGCCAGGGCCAGUCGGCGCCUGGGUCUUCGGCGUGGAGCACGGUAUUCCGCCACGUACGGUACGAGAACCUGGUGGCGGGUGUGAGCGGCGGGGUCCUGUCCAACCUCGCGCUGCACCCGCUGGACCUCGUGAAGAUCCGUUUUGCUGUGAGUGAUGGAUUGGAAUUCAGACCGAAAUAAGGAAUCGUGCAUUGCUUGACUACCAUUUGGAAACUUGAUGGACCGGGACUUUACCAAGGAGACCCAAAUGUGUGGGGUGCAGGAUUAUCCUGGGGACUCUACUUUUUCUUUUACAAUGCUAUCAAAUCAUAUAAGACAGAAGGAAGAGCUCAACGGUUAGAGGCAACAGAAUACCUUGUCUCAGCUGCCGAAGCUGGAGCCAUGACACUCUGCAUCACAAACCCAUUAUGGGUAGCAAAAACUCGCCUUAUGUUACAGUACAAUGGUGUUGUUAACUCACCACAGCGGCAAUAUAAAGGAAUGUUUGAUACACUUGUGAAAAUAUAUAAGUUCGAAGGUGUGCGUGGAUUAUAUAAGGGAUUUAUUCCUGGGCUGUUUGGAACAUCACAUGGUGCCCUUCAGUUUAUGGCAUAUGAAUUAUUGAAGUUGAAAUAUAACCAGCAUAUCGAUAGAUUACCUGAAGCCCAAUUGAGCACUGUAGAAUAUAUAUCUGUUGCAGCACUGUCCAAAAUAUUUGCUGUAGCAGCAACGUAUCCAUAUCAAGUUGUGAGAGCUCGUCUGCAGGAUCAACACAUGUCUUACGAGGGUGUGGUGGAUGUAAUCACAAAGACAUGGAGGAAAGAAGGCAUCGGUGGAUUUUACAAAGGAAUUGCCCCCAAUUUGAUUAGAGUGACUCCAGCCUGCUGUAUUACUUUUGUGGUAUAUGAAAAUGUCUCACAUUUUUUACUUGAUCUUAGAGAAAAGAAAAAGUAAGCUAAAAGAAGAUAAUUCCAAUAUAUCUGCCCAAGGCAGCAACAUGCUUUGCGUUUGAAAUGUAAAGCUCAGAAGAAUACUACACAGCAACUUGGCUCAUAAUCAACAUUGGUCUGUAAUCAUUAAAAGUCAGAGAACUGCUAAGUGUUAAUGUUUUUCAGCUUUUUGCCUUCCGCAUACAUACGGGACUUGGCUACCUCUGCCUGAACACAACAGUAAAAUUGACAUCAACUGGAGAGUUUCACAAAUUUCUACAUUGUUCAAGUAGAAGCUGAUUUGCAGCAUUUGCUAAUUGAAUUAGAUAGAUAUGCUUCUUUUUCUGAACUCAUUUACCUGGAUUGUUUUUAAAAUUGACCUCUGUGCAAUUGCAAGAAAAUGGUUUCUUAUAGGAAUAUCACUGUUUCGAGGGUAAGUCAAACUUUAAGGAUUUGCUGGAAAAGAUGUUGCCCAAAUCCAGACCAUUUUAGAAUUGAGAAAUUUGACAGAGAAAAAAAUCCACUGUAAAAGUGUUUUAAUUUUAAUUCAAUUGGAAUGCACUAACUAGAGAAAUUUGAGAAAUUAUGUACUUCUCUUAAUUUGAGAAGUAUCUGACAUCGUGUCGUUCCAUCACUAAUUUUAUUUCCAGAGGCUCUUCCAUAAUGUAAAAUGUAGUCCUGGAUCGUAUUAUUAUUAUUAUUAUAUUAUUAUUAUUAUUAUUAUUAUUUGGGCAUGGUUACCUAGUGUCUUUUAAAUUUAUAAAAUCUGAAUUAGGGUUUAGCUGUGUCAGCCCUUAUUUAGCAUGUUUGGCAAUAAAUUACUGGAGUUGCAAAUGUGGUAGAUCACUUUAUACAGAUACUGGAAUGACUGGUAUGUGUUUGUUGACAAACUAUGGAAAUGACAUACUUUAACUUCCUACUUCAGUUUUCAGAUAUGAAUCCAGAUCCCAAAUAAAUGACUAAUCUACUUUGGUUAUCAAAUUCAGGUUUAAAUACAAAUUACAUUAAUGGCUGUUAUCAGUUUUAUGAGUCAUUGUAAAUAUCUAUAAAUGCAAAGGCCUGCCUUAAAGGGAUGCCAGAAUAAUACCAAUAUUUUUAUUUAUCAUAAACAUUUAUAAAUACUAUUGCACUACCAUCUAUCUGUUGUAAAUAAAACGUUGUGGUUUUCAAAGCCAUAUUUAAAUGGGUUUUUGAAAAUUAGGUCUAUUUUUUUAUAUUUUGAAAAUGGCACUGUUUUAAAAAUAAAGGUGAAAAUGAUAAGUACCUAAUUA